AUGGCUUCCAGCAGCUACGACUAUAUUAUUGUUGGGGGAGGCCUAGCUGGCCUUGUCCUCGCUGCACGUCUUUCUGAGGAUCCUAACACCAGUGUGCUUGUGAUUGAGGCUGGUGAGGAUAUAAGGGACGACCCCAGAGUGAAAAUUCCUUCUAUGUGGUCAAAAUUGAUUGGCUCCGGAACAUCGUGGAACUUCAAGACAGCCCCUCAGGAGGGACUUGGCGGUCGUGAAAUCAACUUUCCUCAAGGACGCCUUGUUGGCGGGUCAAGUGCUCUAAAUGGCCUUAUGUUCAUCGAGACGUCUAAAACAGAUGUUAAUUCAUGGGCGGACUUGGGCAACCCAGGAUGGGAAUGGUCGAACUUCUCCAAAGCUCUAAAGAGAGCAUAUAGUGCGGUUCUUCCGUCUAAAGAGAUAAAGGGGGAUGGCCCGCUUCAAUUAGCAUUUCCUGAUGAAGAUAAUGGAUGGCCACAAGUUUGGAGAGACACUCUAAGUGCGCUGGGAUUCCCGACGGCCAAUUAUCCCUUUUCCGACCAGAUAUAUGGUGGUGUUACGAUUCCUGAUUCCAUAUGCAGUUCUACGAAGCAAAGGAGCUUUUCUGGGAACGCAUACUUUGAGCCAGCAGUAAAUCGGCCGAACUUAACUCUGUGGUCCAGUACCUUAGUAGAAAAGAUUCUUUUCGAUAAAGGUGACAGAGUAAUCGCAACUGGAAUUCAGUAUAAUAAAGGAGGGAAAUCAGAGAACGUGACCGCGCGCAAGGAAAUAUUGGUUACGGCUGGAGCUAUCAAUUCGCCCAAGCUACUCGAACUUUCAGGCGUGGGCGAUAAAGCCUUACUAGAGUCACUUGGCAUCAACGUUGUUAUCAACAACCCAUGCGUUGGCGAAAACCUACAAAAUCAUCCCAUGUGUUACGUUAACUUUCAGGUUCUAGACGAAGAGGGCUUCGAGACAGUGGACAAGCUUGUACAGGGAGACCCAGAUGCCCUUCAAGCAGCUAUCGAAGCCUACUCUAACCACACUGGGCCUUUGUCUAGAAGUGGUCCUAAUCACGCCGCAUAUCUUCCGUUCCCUGACAUCAAAACUGAAAGCGGAGCACAAGCUGUUUCGAAAAUCCUGGAGACGCUAGGCUCGGAGACUCAUACAGGCAAGGUACCAGAGGCUUUUACAAAAAAGCACGGAUCAUUCGUGCGCUCUGUGCUACUUUCACAAACACAGGCCUCUUGCACUUAUCUUUCCAUACACGGCUUUGGUAGAACCAAUCCUGAUGGAUCAAGGACAUCCAUACCUCAAUCCCAGGACGGAGAAAAGUAUUUCACGAUCGCUCUGCUCCUCGAUCAUCCACUCUCGCGGGGCUCAGUCCAUAUCGAAUCCGCAUCCAGUUCGACAUCUCCCGUUACUGAUCCUAAGUACCUUACGCAUCCUCUGGAUCUGGAGGUUCUAGCACACCAUCUACGGUUAAUAGAGUCUUUGGUCUCUACAGAGCCACUAGCCAAGCACAUCAAGCCAGAUGGUAAACGCAACCCGGCUUUCUCACUUGAUGAUCUGGAUAAUGCGCGCAGAUACGCUCGUGACACCGCUGUGGGAGCUAUCCACUUUACUGGUACUUGCUCCAUGAUGCCGCGCGAUAUGGGUGGUGUUGUUAGUCCCGAAUUACGUGUUUACGGUUGUUCUAACCUACGCGUCUGUGAUGCCAGUGUUAUCCCUAUAGUACCUCACGCAGGUACGCAGGCAGCGGUGUAUGGAGUUGCGGAAAUGGCUGCGGAUAUUAUCAAGUCUGGUCGCUGA